AUGAGGAGACAAAGACAAGUUGUGUUGAUGGAAGUAAAAAGUGGGUUUAGUGGUUGGGUUUGCGAUGAACAACAUCGGUCGACUUGUCUUAGCGGUUUUGAAAAGUAUUCCAUUAAAUCAAUUCCCACUGCUAUCAAUCCGAUCAAACUCUGCUUUGCUUCCUGUUAUUACCCAUUUUUCAACAAUCGAGUUGAGGUGGGUCUAGAAACUAUAGUUCCACAAUGUAGAACCGGUCUAUCUCUCUCUCCUACUCUCUCUAUUACUCUCUUUCUGUCUGUCGUUAACACUCAAAUCAUAUUUUAA